ACGACGACGAAAAUUUUGAUUUCAAUCACGGUUGUUGUUGCGGUGGAUGGGAGGCGGAAAUCUUCAUUCCCUUCCGCCCGAAAAUGCUUCUGCGGUUACCGUUGGAAAUACCAAGCUUUCUGAUGCUCCGGUUCUUUUCUUUGUUUACUGCCACAAGGCUUUCCGUGCUCAGCUGGUGGAGCUCCGGCGUUUCGCUACUGACGCUGCAGAAGCUGAUUGCUUUAGCGGGGAUCUGGCGGUGGAGCUCUCCCGGAAAUUAGAAUUUUUGAAGCUUGUAUAUAAGUAUCAUAGUGCAGCUGAAGAUGAGGUUAUAUUUUUGGCGCUUGAUAAACGAGUAAAAAACAUAGUUUCUAAUUAUUCACUUGAGCAUGCUGGCACAGAUGAUCUCUUCACCUCAAUUUUUCGUUGGCUACAUGUUCUUGAGGAAGAAAUAGGAAGCACAAGUGAUGUUCUUCGUGAAGUUAUAUUAUGUAUAGGCACCAUUCAAUCAUCUAUAUGCCAACAUAUGCUUAAAGAAGAGCGUCAGGUCUUUCCUUUGUUAAUUGAGAAGUUCUCUUUCCCAGAACAGGCGUCACUUGUGUGGCAAUUCAUAUGUAGUGUUCCAGUGAUGGUGCUUGAAGACUUUUUGCCAUGGAUGAUGUCUUAUCUCUCUCAUGAGGAGAAAAUUGAAGUUGAGAAUUGCAUUAAAGAUGUUGCCCCAGCUGAAGACUCAAUGCAACAGGUCAUAAGCUCUUGGCUUCUUGACGACAGUCAAUCUUCUUAUGGGACUCCUACAGAGAUCAUGAAAGGAGUCCAGUAUGUUAAUGUGUCUAAAAGUAUGAAGAAAUCACCUGAGUCACAUCCGUCCAGCGGAUGUUUUCAACGGUUUUGGGAGUGGAGUAAAAAGUCCCUUUCUAUUCCAAAUGUAGGACGCAGCCCGAUUCAUGGUCUUCGACUUUUUCAAAAUGCAAUUGAAAAGGAUUUGAGAGAUAUUCAAGAAGGAUUAUGCAGAGCAAAAUUCUCAAGCCUUCUUGUAGACCUUGAUGUACUGAUGGCUCGAUUAAACUUCCUUGCUGAUGUCCUUGUUUCUUAUAGCAAUGUAUUUAAGAAGUUCUUUCAACCAGUGUUAGAAGAAAUGACAGCUCGCCGCUCUUCAACUGCCAAACAGUUCAACAUAGAUGGUUGUCUUGAGAAUUUUCAGAGAUUUCUGUACAAAAGUGCUGAUGAUAAAACAAGAACGAACAAUUUUCUAUUGCAGCUUCAGGAGGAACUUGAGUCCCUUAUAAUCCAAGUAUUCCCAAUCAUCAGCAAGAAUUGCAACCAUGAGAUGCAGAAGCAGCUCCUCUACACAAGCAUUCAUGUCUUACCUCUUGGAUUGCUAAAGUGUGUCAUACUUUGGUUUUCUGCUCAUCUAUCAGAAGAGGAAUCUCAAUCUAUCCUUCAUUUCUUAAGUUUGGAAGAUUCUUCUCCUAAAAAAUCAUUUCCACGCCUCUUACUGCAGUGGCUUCGCUUUGGCUACUCAGGAAAAACCUCUGUUGAAAGUUUUUGGAAACAGCUGGCCGUUAUGUUCCAAGUAAGAUGUUCAUGCCAAAAGGAACACACUGAAGAAGCGUCAGGAUCAUUUUCCAACCAAACACAGCUGCAACAAUGCAACAAGAAAGAUAAGUCUUCAACCUGCUUCAUGUCAAUGGACAUGUAUGAGACACCUUACUCUAGUCGAAUGAAUCAGCAAAUGAUUUUCUCGGGAAAUCAUAAGCCUCCUCUCCAUCUUCCAGAGUUUUUUGGUGAGAAGAAUAUGGAUGAUCCAUCGAUUAUGGAUGUAAAACCAAUUGACCUCCUUUUCUUCUUCCAUAAGGCAAUGAAGAUGGAUUUGGACUACCUUGUUUGUGGAUCAGCAAGAUUGGCAGCCGACUUUCGGUUCCUGACGGAGUUUCAACAGCGAUUCCAUAUGAUAAAGUUCUUGUAUCAGAUACAUUCGGAUGCAGAGGAUGAAAUUGCAUUUCCAGCAUUGGAGGCCAAGGGACAACUUAAAAACAUUAGUCACUCAUUUAGCAUUGAUCAUGAGCUAGAAACUAAACACUUCGACAAAGUUUCAUUCAUUUUGAAUGAGAUGGCAGAACUGAACAUGUUGGUUUCUACCAUAAAUACCAAUGCAGUGGACCACCAUCGAAAGACGAAGUAUGAGCGGUUAUGUCUGAGUCUCCAAGAGAUUUGCAAAUCCAUGCACAAGCUAUUGUCUGAGCAUAUCCAACAUGAAGAAACUGAGCUCUGGGGUGUAUUCAGGAACUGCUUCUCUAUUGAAGAACAAGAGAAAAUCAUAGGAUGCAUGCUUGGGAGAAUAAGUGGGGAAAUAUUGCAGGAUAUGAUUCCUUGGUUAAUGGAAUCAUUGACUUCUGAUGAACAGCUUGCCGCGAUGUCCUUGUGGCGCCAAGCAACAAGGAAAACAAUGUUUGUCGAAUGGCUAACAGAAUGGUACAACGGUCAUGUUUUACAAGAGGAAGCAGGAGAAGCAAACAAUGAUCCAUUUGGGGAUUCAGAUCCACUGGAGAUUGUAUGGAAGUAUCUCUUUGAAGGAGAUGGUCAUGGGGACAGAGGGAUAAUUGGCAGCAACCUUGUCGAACUUUCAGAGACGGAAUUCACGGGUAUUAUGUAUCAGCCACCUCCUAAUUACAAGGUUGAAGUAGGCAACAAAGAGGAAACAGAUCUGGAUCGCUCAGAAAGUAAAAAGGUAUGUAGAGGAGCUGACCAAAAGGGGGACAAAGAACAAACUGACAACAAUUGCCAGACAAGAAAUCCAGGUCAGACUUUUCAAAUGUCUCAGAUGGCUAGCCAGUUUGGUCAAUCCAAGAAAUAUGAACAACUGUUAACAAUGAGUGAAGAAGAACUUGUGGCUGUGAUUAAGAAAAUAUCAUGCGACUCUUCCUUGGAUCCUCAGAAGAAAUCCUAUAUCAAGCAGAAUUUGUUAAUGAGUCGGUGGAAUAUCUCACAACGUACAAAUAAUUUGGAACUAUCAUCUCUCUCAAGCAACAUGGAUACAGUUCCUGGUCAACAUCCAUCAUAUCGAGAUCCUCAUAGUUUGAUCUUUGGUUGCAAUCACUACAAGAGAAAAUGCAAGCUUUUUGCACCUUGUUGUGACAAGCUCUUCACAUGUAUACGAUGCCAUGAUGAAGAAGCUGAUCACUCGGUGGAUAGGAAACAGAUUACAAAGAUGAUGUGCAUGAAAUGUCUCUUGAUCCAGCCGAUUGGUGCAAAUUGCUCAAAUACUUCAUGUAAAUCGUCAAUGGGAAAAUACUUUUGCAAAAUAUGCAAAUUAUAUGACGAUGAAAGGAAAAUUUAUCACUGUCCUUACUGCAACCUCUGCCGGGUAGGGAAAGGAUUGGGCAUUGACUACUUCCAUUGCAUGAAAUGCAAUGCUUGCAUGUCACGUACCUUAGUAGAGCAUGUUUGCAGGGAAAAGUGCUUAGAAGAUAAUUGUCCGAUUUGCCACGAGUAUAUCUUCACCUCCAGUUCUCCGGUGAAGGCUCUUCCCUGCGGUCACUUGAUGCACUCCACAUGCUUUCAGGAGUACACAUGUUCACGUUACACAUGCCCUAUCUGCAGCAAGUCGUUAGGAGAUAUGCAGGUCUACUUUAAGAUGUUAGACGCAUUGCUUGCAGAAGAGAAGAUGCCUGAUGAAUACUCCAACAAAACUCAGGUGAUCUUGUGUAAUGAUUGUGGAAGAAAAGGAAAUGCUCCUUACCAUUGGCUUUACCACAAAUGCACAAGCUGUGGCUCCUACAAUUCAAGGCUCCUUUAGAUCUCUCUCCAAUUUUCCUUUUCCAUUGACAUUAUUGUAGAAUCAGCCGUAUGUGUACAUGGCUGGUAAGAAAACAUUUUUGUAACA